AUGUUCACUAGACGACUUGAAAUCGCAAAGGCUCGGCUGGCUCGUCAAAAGAAAAUCUUGCACAGUGAACAGGCUAUUCAAGAUAGACUGCGAUGUACUCUGAAACUCUUCGAAAAAGAUGUGCAACCGGAAUCAAGUGAGGCUCUAGCAGAGCAAAACAAAUACUUGACUGAGUGGAACGCUAAUCGAUUGGAGCAGUACAAGACUUUACCAACAGUCACUGUACGCAUCAACGUUCCUCCAAUUGCGGCACAUUCUGAUCGUUCCGGUUUCGCACUUGUGCGUGGCAUAUUUGUGGAUGGAGCAUUCAGUCGUUUUCGUUUGGAUAAUCUUCAGGUCAGUAAUGGUGAAAUCAGCAAUUUAUCUGCGUUAGCGCUUUGCCACGGUACACAAAACAGAACCCGGAUAACCAGCAAUUCUGAAUUUUCGUGUCCUUCGGAAUUCCAACCACAUACUUGA